AUGGAUGCGAGGGAAACGCCACUUACGUGCACCAUGAACACCUCCUUCUCUACCGGAGGCUCCUCAAGCGCCUCCGGAAAACACCCUACCCUUCAUGGGAUACGUAGCCGGAAUGGGAAGUGGGUGGCGGAGAUUCGUGAACCACGUAAAUCCUCCCGUAUAUGGCUUGGAACAUAUCCGACUGCGGAGAUGGCUGCAGCAGCUUAUGACGUAGCGGCUCUGGCACUCAAGGGUGGUGAUGCAAUGUUGAAUUUCCAAGAGUUUGUUGGAUCUUAUCGAGUGCCAGAGUCACCGGAACCUGCCUUGAUAAGGAGUGCAGCGGGGGAAGCGGCGGAGUUGAUGAAGUUGUUCAGGGAAAAGGAAGAUGACCACAAGAAACAAGGUGGUGACGAGGGGGAGACGCAUCAGAAUGAUGAGUUCAUGGAUGAAGAAGCAAUUUUUGAUAUGCCGAAUCUUUUGGUGGAUAUGGCGGAGGGAAUGAUGGUGAGCCCCCCCCGGCAGCCGACAACUGUUGAAUGGUCGUCGGGGAACUCUUCUGAGUGUGACAACUUGUGGAACUAUUAA